GAGAUUUUUGCAUAGUAAAUGUAAAACAAAACACCUCUUCCCUGGGACAUUGCAAACCAUACCGUUUCAACAUAACAAACAAUGUGGGGAAAUAUGAAGUAAGAAUGAAUGAGACGGUUAAAAACAUAACAAUGUGGUUUCUCCCAAAAGGAUCUCAAUGUCUUCCAUCAGAAGUCCUGCAUUCAACAGGAUCCACAUCAAAUCAUAUUGGGACUUGCCAGACACAGCAAUCUACUACCACCAUUACUAACAACCCUAGCAACUGCACUAGCACAUCCAUCACCACCACCUGCAAUGCCAUUAAUCCAGAUACGUGUUGUUUGAAAAUCCCUCCUGUUGAUCCUGAAGAGAAAUGUAAAAACGCUACAUAUGGACAUGACGCAUGCAGUGGGAACGAAGAAAGCAAAUACAUUCUGCAUUUAAAUGGGGGUGAAUGGAUGUGUGUGACCUGCAUUGAUCGAAGAUCGACAACUCCCGAGCCAACUACCAGUUCAACAUCACAUACGACAACUAACAAUCCAACUACCAGUUCAACAUCGCAAACGACAACUAACAAUCCAACUACCAGUUCAACAUCGCAAACGACAACUAACAAUCCAACUACCAGUUCAACAUCACAUACGACAACUAACAAUCCAACUACCAGUUUCAUGCCAGAUAGGACAACUCCCGAGCCAACUGUCCCACCAGCUGAGAUAACUUUCAGUCUAACAGAUGGGCAGAACGAAACAGAUGACCAACCACAGACAAACACAGAUAAAGUUGAACCCCAAAAGGCAGCAGAAAACUUGGAAAAAGUAGAGUCACUGGUGGAGCUGAUGGAAAAAAGCAAUAAAAGCAAUGCGGCGAUUGUCAUGGGGGAUGUUAUUGGUGUUCUCCAAAGACAACCCAAGAACACAGAAACCAAAGACAUCAACAUAUGCUACUCUUCAAGCCAGAACAUGAUAAACGUUGUUGAGAGCAACCAGGCAGGUUAUCCCUGGUCUGUAAAGAUUCCCAGUGAAGCCUUUGAUAAAUCACGUCCAGAAAACAAUGGAAGUGCAUUUGUUGGAGUUUUACGAUUCAUAAACAUGGGAAAUAAGGAUGAAACUGAAACUCACACUGUUUUGAACAAUGAGAGUUAUGGAAUAACGAUGGGUGCCAACAUCUCCAACCUUACCGACAAUAUUGACAUGAUCAUUAAAAAGAAAGAUAAUGUUGGAAAUGUGUCCUGCGUUUCUUGGGAUGGCAAAGGAAAGCUUAAUUGGACAACGUUCGGCUGUGAGACAAAAAUCAACAACAACACCAUAAAGUGCUCCUGCUCUCAUCUGACGUUCUUUGCAGUGCUGAUGUCUCUGCCAGAUAAAACUGAAACAGCGCCGCAUCUGGAAUCACUGACUUUAAUCUCUUCUAUCGGCUGCGGCAUCUCCAUGUUUUUUAUGGCCAUCGCUUUAUUCAUGCAUUUCCUGCUACGGAAAGCCAAAUCAAAUCAGGCCACGAAGAUCUUGAUGAACAUGUUUGUGGCUUUGUGUCUACUGAAUGCCUCGUUUUUGUCAAACGAGAGCGUCGCUAACACACAAGACAACGCUGCGUGCGUCUUCAUAGCGCUGCUCCUGCAUUACUCCAUGCUGGCCUCAUUCACCUGGUUCUUCAUUCAAGCUCUUCAUAUGUACUUAUGGCUCAUCAGACAGAACGUCACCAUCACAAACUACAUGAGGAAGAUCACCGUGUUGGGCUGGGUGUGUGCCGCUCCGAUAGUCGUAGCUAUUGCUUCUGUAGGAGGAUAUGAAGCAGUGAGCCUAAACACUACGUCUGGAAAAAUUGCACGAAUGUGCUGGACUACAAAUCCUUACAUUCACUACAUAGUGAACAUCGGCUACUAUGCUUUAGUUUUCGUCUUCACGACAGGAGUCUUCAUCAUGAUCGUCACUAAGGUCGUUCAGGCCAGAAACAUAAAAGCAGUUGACGGCAAGAGAAAGAUGUUCAGAAAGCAGCUGAUGAUGGUGUUGAGUUUGUUCCUGCUCUUCGGUCUGACGUGGUCUGUGGCGUUCUUCAGUUAUGGACCGAUGCUCAUUCCCUCAUAUUAUAUAUUCACUGUGUUGAACUCAUUACAGGGGUUCUUCCUCUUCCUGUAUUACUACCAUAUUCACAAUGACGUCGCGGGUCAUUUCUCAGAUGAUCCAGAAAGCACCGACUCCGCUACAACCAUCGCUCAAUCCAGCAUUACUGCUGUGGAAAAUAUUUAUAACUAGCAUAAUUAGGAUAGAAGGUCUUCUAUGUCUCAGACUUUCUUACACUGAUUUCUUAAACUGAUCUGUACAUGUGUUGUUUGAGGGGAAACUGUGUAUUCUCACCAAAAUCAAGCUCAAAAACAACACAAAGACAAAAGUCACUUAUGAACAAGAAAGAACUGUUUAAAAUGAUGCAUGCACAUAAUAACCUUAAAAAGAAUCAAUUUUAGUGAUAAAACUCAAAAUGAUUGACUAACA